CUUGAUUUUCGCAUGAUCUAGCUUGAUCAAGCUCGUUUUCUGUUCUUCCUCAAGCUUCGAUGGUGUCAGUGAAGAAGAUUCCUCGUCGAUCGAACCGUACCACAACUUCAUCGUCUCGGAAUGCUCCGAUCGCUUCUCCGGCGUCUUCUGGUCCGGAUCUUCAGGCUAUGCGAGCUUCCACAGGUGUUGUUCCCACGGAUUCGAUUCACUCACCGUUCUUUAUGCAUACUUCCGAUCAUCCAGGUUUACAGCUCAUUUCUCUCAAACUUGAUGGCUCUAACUUUGAUGAUUGGGAAGCUGCUUUGAAGAUAGCUCUAGAUGCGAAGAAUAAAAUUGGUUUUAUCGAUGGAUCGUUACCUCGUCCUCCGGAAUCCGAUUUAAACUUUCGCAUAUGGUCUAGAUGCAAUAGCCUUGUUAAGUCAUGGAUUCUUAACUCGGUUUCGACUCAGAUCUAUCGUAGUAUCCUUCGACUGAAUGAUGCUACUGAUAUCUGGCGUGAUUUACACAGUAGGUUUCAUAUGACAAAUCUGCCUAGAACUUACAACCUUACGCAGGAGAUUCAGGAUUUACGUCAGGGUUCUUUGACUCUCUCGGAUUAUUUCACCAAACUCAAGACGCUGUGGAGUAAUCUGGAGAACUGUGAAGAAGCUGAUGAUCCUUGUACCUGUGGUAAAGCACAAAGACUUCAGCAGAAAGCGGAGCGUGCUAAGAUUGUGAAGUUUUUGGCAGGGUUGAAUGAAUCUUAUGCUGUGAUCAGACGUCAAAUCAUUAUGAAGAAGACGCUUCCUUCUCUUACUGAAGUUUAUAACAUUUUGGACCAGGAUGACAGUCAGAAGAGUUUUGCUACUGCUAUCUCUCCGGCUGCUUUUCAGGUAUCUUAGACUGUUACUUCAACUCCUGCUUCUUCAGCUAUAUGUUAUGUCCAAUCUGGUGCGCAUAAAGGCAAGCCUAUUUGCUCGUUCUGCAACAAAGUUGGCCAUAUAGCAGAGAGGUGUUAUAAGAAGCAUGGUUUUCCACCAGGCUAUCUAUCUAAAGGCAAGACUCCUGAUAAGCUCCAGAAACCGUUACCUGUUGCCGCUCAGAUGAACUUGUCUUCUCAGCCUGAUGUGAAGUCUGCUAAUUUUGAUGGACUCAUUGGCAAUCUCACUAAGGAUCAGAUCCAAAAGUUCAUUGCUAUGUUCAGUUCUCAGCUACAGAACACUACAGUCUCGCAUACAAAUGAAGCUUCUACUUCUCAAGCUCAUGAUGAGAUUACGGGUAUCGCUUUCUCUCCGUCUACAUUUUGCUUCAUUGGUAUUUUGACUGUAUCUCAAAAUAUUUUGGGACAUGAGACUUGGGUUUUGGAUUCAGGAGCUACUCAUCAUGUUUCUCAUGAUAGGUCUUUGUUUACUACUUUGGAUACAUCUAUUCAAAGCUCUGUGAAUUUACCAAAUGGAUCUCUGAUCAAGAUUAGUGGCAUUGGCAACAUUCGGUUAAACAAACACAUUCUUCUCCGAAAUGUUUUGUUUAUACCUGAGUUUCGUCUACAUCUUAUCAGUAUUAGUUCCUUGACGACUGAUCAAGGUUCUAGGGUGAUAUUUGAUCCUUCUUCUUGUGAAAUACAGGAUCGUACCAAGGCUGUGAUGAUUGGUCAGGGUAGAAGGAUUGGUAACCUGUAUGUGCUCGAUGUUGAAGACAAUUCUACACUGGUUAAUGCAGUUGUGGAUAUUGGAACUUGGCACAACAGGCUCGGUCACGCUUCUCUCUCCCGACUUGAUCUGAUAUCAGAGGAUUUGGGAACUACACGACAGAAGAAUAAAGGAAAUACUUAUUGUCAUAUAUGUCAUUUGGCGAAGCAGAAGAAAUUAUCUUUUCCCUCUUCAAACAAUAUGUGUAAUUCGAUCUUUGAGCUUUUACACAUUGAUGUUUGGGGGCCAUUUUCAGUUGAGACAGUUGAUGGAUAUAAAUAUUUUUUGACGAUUGUGGAUGAUUAUUCUCGAGCAACAUGGAUUUAUUUGAUGCGUACAAAGAGUGAAGUUCUUACAGUAUUCCCUGCAUUUGUUACGCUUGUUGAGAAUCAAUACAAUGUGAAGGUUAAGUAUGUUCGAUCUGAUAAUGCACCCGAGCUUAAGUUCACGGCAUUCUUCAAAGAGAAAGGGAUUCUACCUUUUCAUUCUUGUCCUGAGACUCCGGAACAGAAUUCAGUCGUCGAACGUAAGCACCAUCACAUAUUGAAUGUUGCUAGAGCCUUCAUGUUUCAGUCCCAAAUACCUUUGGCGUAUUGGGGAGAUUGCGUGUUGACUGCGGCAUUUGUUAUCAAUAGGACACCCUCUCCUUUACUUGGCAGCAAGACUCCGCAUGAACUUCUCACUGGUAAGAAACCGUUGUAUGAUCAGAUAAGAACUUUUGGUUGUUUGUGUUAUGGUUCAACAUCACCAAAACAGAGACACAAGUUUCAGCCUAGAUCGAGAGCAUGCGUCUUCUUGGGGUAUCCUUCCGGCUACAAGGGGUACAAGUUGUUGGAUUUGGAGACACAUCAGGUUUCUAUUUCUCGCAAUGUCACAUUUCAUGAGGAGAUAUUCCCUAUGGCUGUUAGUCCUUUAUCUGAAGACGGCUUACACCUCUUCACAUCACCACAAUCUUUGUCCUCAGGUACCUCACAUAUAUCACCAUCACCACCACCAAAUAUUUCUCCAUCUCCUAAUCUUUCACCACAAAUUUCUACUCGAAUCAAGAAACAACCUGCCCAUUUACAGGAUUAUCAUUGUUUUAACUUGGAUUCUAACGUCACAUAUCCUAUUUCAUCUUUAUUAUCCUAUUCUAAAAUCUCCACUUCUCAUUUGUCUUACAUCAAUAACAUCACCAAAAUCCCUAUUCCUCAUUCAUUUUCUGAGGCAAAGGAUGAUAAAGAGUGGUGUGAAGCCGUAGAUAAAGAGUUUGGAGCAAUGGAGGAUACAAAUACUUGGUCUAUUACUUCUUUACCGACUGGGAAGAAAGCUAUUGGGUGUAAAAUGCUUUAUUCUUUGAAGUUCAAUACCGAUGGAACCCUUGAACGACGAAAGGUUCGUUUAGUAGCUAAGGGUUUUACUCAGAAAGAAGGUUUGGACUAUACAGAGACGUUUUCCCCCGUGGCUAAGAUGACAACAGUACGUUUUCUGUUGAAAGUAGCGGCUUCUCGAAAUUGGUUUCUUCAUCAACUGGAUAUUUCAAAUGCAUUUUUAAAUGGCGAGUUAGAUGAAAAAAUCUAUAUGAAGAUUCCAGAGGAGUAUGCAGAGAGGAAAGGAAUCACAUUGCCAAAGGGGUCUGUUUUUCGCCUACACAAAUCGAUAUAUGGUCUAAAACAGGCAUCACGCCAAUGGUUCAUUAAGUUCUCUGCUGCUCUGUUACGUUUGGGCUUCACGAGAGCAACAGGUGAUCACACUCUAUUUCUUAAAACAUGUGCUGAUGGAAAUUUUCUUGCGGUGUUAGUAUAUGUGGAUGAUAUUAUUGUGGCAAGUACAAGUGCUUCUAUAUCCAAAGGGUUGAUUCAUGACUUGUCUCAACAAUUCAAAUUGAGAGACCUUGGUGUUUUGAAGUAUUUUUUGGGACUCGAGAUAGCUCGUUGCAGUAAGGGAAUCUCUAUUUGUCAGAGAAAGUAUGCUUUGGAGACUCUUACCGCAACAGGAAUGCUUGGAUGUAAGCCAAUCUCGACUCCUAUGAUUCCGAAUCUUCAUUUGUCUAUUGAUGAGGGGACUCCUAUUGACAAUCCAGAGAUGUAUCGAAGUCUUGUUGGUCGGCUCAUGUAUCUUACGAUAACUCGACCAGAUAUUACAUAUGCUGUCAACAGACUUUGUCAAUUCUCUUCUGCUCCUAAGUCACCUCAUCUUCAGGCGGUUUAUAGAGUGUUGCAGUACAUCAAAAGAACUAUUGGACAGGGUCUUUUCUACUCAACUUCCGCUGACUUGACUCUGAAAGGCUUUGCUGAUGCAGAUUGGAACUCAUGCCGUGAUAGUAGACGAUCUACUUCAGGCUUGUCUAUGUUUCUUGGUGACUCAUUGAUAUCUUGGAGAUCACAGAAACAAGACACUGUCUCUUGUUCUUCUGCAGAAGCAGAGUAUCGGGCUUUAUCUCAGGCUUCGAAGGAGAUGGUUUGGUUGAUCAAACUCGUUAAUGAUCUGAAGGUUCGAUCACCCACUCCAAUCUUAUUUUCUGAUAGUACUGCGGCUAUCUACAUUGCUACAAAUCCGGUGUUUCACGAACGAACUAAGCAUAUAGAGAAUGAUUGUCAUUUUGUUCGGGAACUGCUUGAUCGAGGUACACUCAAGACUCUUCAUGUUCGCACAGCUGAUCAGGUUGCAGACAUUAUGACUAAACCAUUGUUUCCUCAUCAGUUCAAUCAUCUUAAGUCCAAGAUGAGCCUUCAUAACAUUUUCGAAAUCUCAUCUUGAGGGGGCAUAUUGGUAUACAUACCCGGUUUAGCGGUUUAGAAGCUAAUUUAACUUAGUGGUUUAGUCUUGGUUAGUGUACAGUUUAUUAUAUAAGCAAAUGUAAAUGUUCAUUUCUAAAGUAGAAAAAGAUAUUUUGUAUAACAAACUUCUUCAUCUUUCCCAAAAGCUUGUUCGUAAUAUCCAUUGAAGCACAAGUAGACUUAUGGGGAUCAGAUUAAUAAUUUUGACCAUGAGCCAAAUUACUUCGUUCUGAGUUGUACUGAUUAAAAUUAAGAUCAAGACUAGAACAAUCAUCUUUAAACUAAGUUCAGUCUAACUACUCAAGAUAAUUAUCUAUCUACCCUCGAAAGAUUAUUUGGAAUUUUAAUUACAAUAACCAAUCAAAUUUAAAAAAAAAACCUAAUUUUGGUAGAAUGGAGUUGUUUUAUCUCUAUCUAAGAAAAAUAUAUAGUGGAUGAAAAAAACAGAAAACAUAAUAUUAUAAUGGGUAAAUUUUAUCAGGCCAUAGACCUAUUUACAGACAUAAAUCUAAAACAGGCUUCCGUAUACAAUGAUGACUUACAAACAAAUGUAUAAAACACUUAUUCUUAAGGUAAAUUACAUCAAAGUUAAUAUGUUUUUUACUAAAAGAGCACACAAAUAAAAAAAUGAUCGAAAUAUAUUUUAUUAAGAUGAUAAAAGACCAUUAUAUCAUUAUUGUAUAGACAUAUAAAUACAAAUAAUUAUUUAACUAAGUAAUAAAAAAUUGUUAUUAUUAUUAUUUUUUGUAAUUUUUUAAAUUUCUUUCAGAAUUUUGUUUUGAAAUUCAAAAUUCUUUUUAAAAUUUUAUUUUAAUUUUAACUAUUUAUUUAUUUUUAUAAUCCUAAACUAUACACUUAAAGCCUCAACCCUUAAAUAUAAAUUCAAAGUCUAGUUUAGAUUAGUUAACUAUAUAGAUAUAAGUGUCUAUUUGCUUCUUUAAUAAAAUAUUUUGGUUAUUUUAACCGUUGUAUACUAUAUUUAUGAUAAAAAAAAUUUAGGAUCAUCCUAAAAUUUUUUCUCUAUAUUUAAAACCAUCAAAAAGUAUAAAAGUUAGUAUGGGCAAUCUUAAAAUCAGUAAACAGGCCAUAUGUUGCAGUCCUCUCGUCC